AUGGAGAUAUGGAAUCAAACUUCCAAUGGUUUCAUUUUGUUGGGGUUGUUUCCCCCAAAUCGAACAGGUUUGCUCCUUUUGCUCCUUAUUACCUUCAUAUUCUUUCUCGCUUCACUGGGAAACUCAACCAUGAUUCACCUCAUCCGCGUGGAUUCCCGGCUCCAUACACCAAUGUACAUUCUCCUCAGCCAGCUCUCCCUCAUGGAUCUGAUCUACAUGUCCACCACUGUCCCCAAAAUGGUGUUCAACUACUUCUCAGGUCAGAAAGGCAUCUCUUUCCUGGGAUGUGGAGUUCAGUGCUUUUUCUUUGUGACUAUGGCAAGUUCUGAGGGUUUACUGCUGGCUUCUAUGGCUUAUGACAGAUAUGUGGCCAUCUGCCACCCCCUCCAUUACCCUAUCCGCAUGAGUAAAAGGGUGUGUGUGAAGAUGAUCAUAGGAUCUUGGCUCAUGGGCAUCACCAACUCUUUACCACAUACAAUCUAUGCCCUCCAUAUUCCUUACUGUCGGUCCAGGGCCAUUGAUCACUUUUUCUGUGAUGUCCCAGCCAUGAUAACUCUGGCCUGUAUGGACACCUGGGUCUAUGAGUACAUGGUUUUUGUGAGCAUAGUUCUCUUUCUUGUUAUCCCUUUCUUUGGAAUCACAGCUUCCUAUGGCCGGGUGCUUUUUGUUGUCUACCAUAUGCGCUCCAAAGAGGGAAGAAAGAAGGCCUUCACCACCUGUUCCACACAUUUAACUGUGGUGUCAUUUUACUAUACACCUUUUAUGUAUACUUACCUCAGGCCAAAGACUCUUCGCACCCCACAAGAAGAUAAGAUUCUAGCAGUUUUCUACACCAUUCUGACCCCAAUGCUCAAUCCCAUUAUCUACAGCCUGAGGAAUAAGGAAGUCCUGGGAGCCAUGACAAGAGUAUUUCCAAUAUUCUUCUCCAAGAAGAAAUAA